AUGUCCGUCGACAACUCCAACCUCGUCGCAAAGGCCGCCGUGCCUGAUGGCAAGGUCCAGGAUGACUCCAGCAAACUCAAGACCUUCCUCAUGAUCCUCAAGAAGUUCAUCGGCGUGUCCGACAUGGCCGCCGUGCGCUUCAGCCUGCCCGCCCAGCUCAUGGAGCCCGUGCCGAACCUGGAGUACUGGAACUACCUCGAUCGCCCGGACACCUUUGCCGCCAUUGGCGACAGCGAUGACGCCGAGCAGCGCAUGCUGGCCUGCUUGAAGUUUUGGUUCACGAAAGAUCUGAAGUAUGUCAAGGGCAAGCCUUGCAAGCCCUACAACAGCACACUCGGCGAGUUCUUCCGCUGUUCAUGGCUGGUGGAUGAGUCGUCCACGCCACCCAAGAACGACGAUGCUCAGACCAAUGGAGCAACCAAUGGCGCCUCACAAAAGGCCAAGAAGCCGCGCAAGGUCUCCUACCUGACCGAGCAGACCUCGCAUCACCCUCCCGUCUCCGCAUUCGUGUACGAGGCGCACGAGACGGGCGUCUUCGCCUGUGGCUACGAUCAGCUCAGCGCCAAGUUCACCGGCACUAGCAUUCGAGUCACCCCGGGCCAAUACAACCAAGGCAUUUUCAUCACCCUCAGGAAACGCGACAACGAAGAAUACGUCCUCACACAUCCCGCCGCCUACCUGGGAGGCUUCAUCCGGGGCAACCUCAACGUCACCGUCUCGGACAGCUGCUCCAUCACCUGCGAAAAGACGGGCAUCAAAGUCCUCCUGCACUACCUCGAAGAAGGCUACUUUGGCAAGACGCAGAACAAAGUGGAGGGCGUCAUGUUCAAAUUCGACAACAAGACCGAUUCCAUCACCAAAAUCUCCGACGUACCCGACAGCGCCAUCAUCGGCCGAAUAGAGGGCUCAUGGCGCGAGCAAAUCUACUUCGCCCGCGGCGCAACGCCCUUCAAAAAGGUCUCCGACAGCGACAAGAUGCUGCUCGUCGACCUCAACCCGCUCCAACAAGCGAGCAAAAUCUGCCCGCCCAUCGAGCAGCAACUGCCGAACGAAAGUCGCAGAUUCUGGGCCGAGGUCACCGACGCCAUCCUCGCCAAACAGUACUCCACCGCGACGGCGCAAAAGCAGCAACUAGAGGAGACGCAGCGGCAAAAAGCGAACCACCGCAAGGAGAAGCUGAAGCAAUGGCAGCCGCGCUACUUCACCACCGUCACCGAAUCCGACGGCCGCCCGGCGCUGUCGGAGGAGGGCAAGAAGGCGCUGCAGGGCCUGGACGACGAGAAUUAUACCCUGGAACUACCGGAGGAGUAUGGCGCCUUUUGA